ACACCGCAGAACAACGCGGUUGCUGGCUUGACUGCUGUUUCUCGAAAUUGAAGACUGGCUUGACCACAAUCCGGGCGGGACUGAGAAGUGAGGGCGGAGUCGAGGAGAGAAACUGAGCUGCAUAAAGUCGGAAAUGGGACAGUCCUUCAGGGUGAAGCAGUUUUCUAGUAACGUGUGUUGUUUUCUAGUCAUGGCGAUAACUCUGUGUGCUGUGUUCAUACUUGUAGCUUCUCUUUACGACUGUGAGGGGGACCUGCGCUUUGCCUCCUACUAUGGAGACCACAUGGUGCUGCAGAAGUCUCCAGAGAGCGCUGUGGUGUGGGGUUACGGCCCUGAGGGUGCUAACGUGACCCUCUCUGUAACAGGACCAACAACACAGAAAACCUCACCUGUCACUGUGACAGAAGGUAUCUGGCGUGUCACCCUUGACCCUGUUGAAGCUGGUGGUCCCUACACCGUGAGAGCAGCCAUUGAGAACAGCACAUCCACUUUGACUGAUGUGCUGUUUGGAGAUAUUUGGGUGUGUGGAGGGCAGAGCAACAUGCUCUUUCAAACCUCUCAGAUUUUCAAUGCGUCAGAGGAGCUGGCCCUCGCAGCGAAGUAUCCUCAUGUGAGGACGUUUAUGGCAGCCAUGAAGUUGAGUAAAACUGAGCAGACUGAUUUGAUUGCAGUGGCACUUCCCUGGUCUGUGCCGCCAACAAAUCUGCCCGAGUUCUCUGCAGUGUGCUGGCUCUUUGGACGUUACCUGUAUAAGGUGCUGCAGUACCCCAUAGGACUGGUGGAGUCCUGUUGGGGAGGCACACCCGUUGAAGUCUGGUCAUCUUCAAGAGCACUGCAGCAGUGUGGACUCCUGGAAACUAACAGCGGUCCUAAAAACAAUUCGGUCUUGUGGAACGCAAUGAUCCAUCCGCUGCUCAACAUGACCAUCAAAGGAGCCAUCUGGUACCAAGGUGAAGCAAAUUCCAUGUAUCAUCAAGAGAAGUACAACUGUUCGUUCCCUGCUAUGAUUGAUGACUGGAGGAUGGCGUUUCACCAGGGCUCCGGAGGGCAGACGGCUCAAGACUUCCCCUUUGGAUUUGUCCAGCUGAGCACCUACGAAAAAGGCACCACUAGUGACGCCUUUCCGAACAUCCGCUGGCACCAGACCGCAGACGUCGGCUUCGCCCCGAAUCGCCGGAUGCAGAAAACCUUCAUGGCAGUGGCUUUGGAUUUACCAGAUGAAAAAUCACCCCUUGGCACGAUCCAUCCUCGAGACAAGCAGGAUGUAGCCUACAGACUGACACUGGGAGCGAGGGCAGUGGCUUAUAAUGAGAAGGACGUGUCUUUCAGUGGACCGUUCCCCAUCUUAAUCCAGCCCACUCAGACGUACGUCAACGUCACCUACGACCAGGAAAUCUCCGUCACAUCGUCUAAAGGCAUUUUUGAGAUCUGUUGCUCAGAGAUUCAGACUCCAUGUGGUCCUAAGUCUCGCUGGGUUCCAGCUCCCAUCAUGCAUUGGGGUCCGACAACUGUCCAGUUAUCUACCAGUUUGUGUCUGCUCACUGAUGAAGUAGCUGCCCUCCGAUACGCAUGGAGAGACUGGCCCUGUGACUUUAAAGCCUGUCCAAUCUACAGCGCCAGCAGGAUUUUACCUGCGCCUCCUUUUAUCGCCAACCGCCGUUCAACCAACGGAAACCUGGAGCUGUGAGAAGACAAAGUGAUGAAAGACGUGUCUUUUUGUUUCUUUAAAUCAAAAUAUGGAGCCAGAUUUACCAGAUCGUUCAACAAGAUUAUUGACACUGAAAGUGAUAAGACAGUGGAUUGUUAUUGUGAGAAAUUAGCUAAACUUAGCAAAUAUUUUUGUUUUUCAGACAUAAAGCUUUUUUAAAGGGAGGGAUUUUUUACUUGACUAUCAGUUUGUUUUAAUUUCUUCCUUGUUUAGAUUGGUUUGGGUCGGUUUAACUCUAGACAGUCAAUUUGUGUUAGUAAGUAAAUCGUCUCAGGGGCAGUGCCAGAUCCCACGAAACCGCCUGUAGUUCAUGGCAUCUGGAUUCCAAGAUUACCUUAACACUUAUUGUGUGGUCAGAGUUUUCCUUCAUCAUCCACACUUAAGUGCCUCAUCUCAUCAGAAUAACGGUACAUGAAUAAUGUAAUGUCUUUGGUUGUUUUAAUUUUUUUUAAUUUUUUUUAUAGAGAUUAUUCUUGUUUUUUUAAAGUGCCUAUUGGAGCUUAGAAACUCUCAUGGCAGAAGGGUAUAUAUAAUUUUGAUUACACUGUUUACAAUCUAUGCACUGACAAACAACCACUGCCAAUAACAGCUGAACUGCAUGUAGAAAAGCAUGACAAACGUUUUAUUUGAACAAAACUCUGGAUUUACAACACAAAUGGUACUUUAUACAUUUUUGUGUGUUUAUACACACACACUUUUAACAUAAUCUACACAAAUAAAUGACAAAUCAACUAA